GGCCUUGUUGUUGGUGUCAGUGAUGGCGGCUGCGGCGGUGGUGUCUCCGCAGGCUGAGGCCUCGGAGUCCUGGUACUUGGCGCUGCUGGGUUUUGCAGAGCACUUUCGUACCUCUAGCCCCCCGAAAAUCCGCCUGUGUGUGCACUGCCUGCAAGCUGUCUUCCAGUUUAAGCCGCCGCAGCGCAUCGAGGCCCGGACUCACCUGCAGCUCGGCUCGGUCCUGUAUCACCACACGAAGAACAGCGAGCUGGCCCGUCAGCACCUGGAGAAAGCGUGGUUAAUUUCGCAGCAAAUUCCUCAGUUUGAAGAUGUUAAGUUUGAAGCGGCGAGCCUGCUGUCUGAGCUUUAUUGCCGGGAGAAUUCUGUGGAUGCAGCAAAACCUCUCCUUCGUAAGGCAAUCCAGAUCUCUCAGCAAACGCCUUACUGGCAUUGUAGGCUGCUCUUCCAGCUUGCACAACUUCACACACUUGAGAAAGAUCUUGUGUCAGCAUGCGACCUUCUUGGCGUUGGAGCAGAGUACGCACGUGUUGUAGGCUCAGAGUAUACCAGAGCACUAUUCUUGCUGAGCAAAGGAAUGCUUUUGCUUAUGGAGAGAAAGCUACAAGAAGUACACCCCCUGCUGACUUUGUGUGGACAAAUAGUGGAGAAUUGGCAGGGAAAUCCCAUUCAGAAAGAGUCCCUACGGGUUUUCUUCUUGGUUCUACAAGUGACACAUUAUUUGGAUGCUGGACAGGUAAAAAGUGUAAAGCCAUGUCUUAAACAACUGCAGCAAUGCAUACAAAUAAUUUCAACACUUCAUGAUGAUGAAAUUUUACCGAGCAAUCCUGCUGAUCUCUUUCACUGGCUCCCCAAAGAGCACAUGUGUGUUCUGGUUUACCUGGUGACAGUCAUGCACUCCAUGCAGGCAGGGUAUCUUGAGAAGGCUCAAAAAUACACAGAUAAGGCUCUAAUGCAGCUGGAAAAACUGAAAAUGCUGGAUAGCAGCCCAAUCUUGUCCUCCUUCCAAGUAAUUCUGCUGGAGCACAUAAUCAUGUGCCGUCUGGUCACAGGCCACAAAGCCACAGCCUUACAAGAGAUCUCUCAAGUAUGUCAACUAUGUCAACAGUCACCGAGGCUUUUUUCUAACCAUGCAGCCCAACUUCACACUUUGCUGGGUUUAUACUGCAUUUCUGUGAAUUGUAUGGAUAACGCAGAGGCACAGUUCACAACAGCACUGAGGACUGUAUCUUUACAGCUCACUACACACCAAGAGUUAUGGACGUUUAUAGUAACAAACCUGGCAAGUGUGUAUAUUCGGGAAGGAAACAGACAUCAAGAGCUUUAUAGUUUACUGGAAAGAAUUAACCCAGAUCAUAAUUUCCCAGUGAGCUCACACUGUCUCCGUGCUGCUGCCUUCUACAUACGAGGACUCUUUUCUUUCUUUCAAGGCAGAUAUAAUGAAGCAAAGCGAUUUCUGCGUGAAACUUUAAAGAUGUCAAAUGCCGAGGAUCUAAACCGACUCACGGCGUGCUCUUUAGUGCUUCUUGGCCACAUCUUCUAUGUACUAGGAAAUCACAGGGAGAGCAACAAUAUGGUUGUCCCAGCUAUGCAGCUGGCUAGCAAGAUCCCAGAUAUGUCUGUACAGCUUUGGUCAUCAGCUCUGCUUAGAGACCUGAAUAAAGCAUGUGGAAAUACAAUUGAUGCCCAUGAGGCUGCACAGAUGCACCAAAACUUCUCCCAGCAGCUGCUACAGGACCACAUAGAAGCCUGCAGUCUUCCUGAACACAAUCUCACAACGUGGACAGAUGGGUCGCCACCUGUACAAUUUCAGGCUCAGAAUGGACCUACUACCAGCCUAGCUAGCCUCUUAUGAAGACAAAGACCUUCCAUGGAUAGACCCAGCACUCACUGUAGAGGAUUCCUCUCUGCAUACAAAACUGUGGAGGGUCUACAACUGCGAAAAAAUGCACAAUGCAGUUGAUGCCAACUGUAGAGAUGAAGGGAUGUUGUGUUCUGGACAUGCUAACAGGAUGGAAAGGAAUUUUUGUCCUCAGUUCAGUGACUCUGGAAACUGGAGACCGAUCUAUCAACAUGCUGCAAAAUUUUGACACUCCCUUGUCUGCAAGUAAUAUUUGCUCCCUCCCCAAGUAUAUGAUGUGGAAAAGGUCAAGCUUUCUCUACAGCACGAUAAGGGGUUAAAUUACCUUGGAACAAUAUUUUUGUGCUAUAUUUAAUAUCUGCCUUUAGCUUUGUUUUCCUCUACUGAAUAGAUUUAACAGAGAAGGGCAUUUUUUAAAUUUUAUAUCCAUAAAUAUAUAUAUAUAUAUAUAUAUAUAAAUAAUACUUAAGUUUAUCAAUGUUUUAAAACUUUUCUGUGCACAAAAAUACGGUUUUGUUGGGGCACGGGAGGUUUCUGCUUUCCCUAUUUCAUUCCCCCUUUUUGAUAAAUUAUAUUUUCACGGGAAUGGUUUUGAUAUUUGAUAUAGUUUUGUAGGCAAACAUUACCCAGAGCCCCUCGCUACAGCCAAGAGGGGGCCAGAUGAUUAGCAAUCAAGUCAUGUGACUUCAGUAGCAUAAACUGAGGCCUGUCAUCUUUUAAUAAUCUUGAAAUAUUUUUAUGCCUUUUAUUUAUCAUGCUACUACUCGUAAGUAUUCAUACCCAUGCAAUCUUCCCAGCCCCCAUACACUAUUACCAAUAGAAAUUUAGUUUAGUUUUUAUGGUUCCAAAGCUCACAUCCUCCAACACAGUGUCUCCUGCUCAUGAAAUUCAGUUAUGUUGUGUCACCCUCCUUAUGAUGGGCACUUUUCUCAGUUCUGUAUUAAGCAGUGACUUGUUCAUAACAAUGGCAGUCUUUUAUAUGUUAUUAUCAUAGAUAUUCAGGUUUACCUUUUUACAAUAGUACCUCCAAUUUUUGUUCAGGUAUCUUCUAGGUGGCAUCCAUGAUGGCAGCAGUAGCCUCUUGGAUACCUUUUUAUGAAGGACAUGUCUCUGUAGACCGGUUUACAGUUUAUCCUGCUCGUUGCAUAUUUGUAUGCCUUUUAUUUAUUAGACAUAUGAGGUGUCAUGUCUAACAUUCCACAGUGUAAAUCUACAGUUAUGUUGUGUAACUGGCACUAAUUCAUCUUUACAUGUCUUGUACAGACUUUUAUUUACAGCUUUUUUAUUUUUUUCCAAUCAAAUUUAGCGCUGCUUCCAUAACUAUUCAACUUGCUACAUGACAUGCGAAUGUCUUCAUGCAUAGAUUAACAGCUUGAGGUAAAAGGAGUAAGAAAAAUACAUCAUAUUUUCCAAAAAACAGCACCGCCUAUCAGGGGGUGUGUGGUAUUAUAGCUUUGCUCAGUUCACUUCAAUGAAACUAGGCUGCAAUAGGACACAACCUGAGGACAGGCGUGGUGCUGUAUUUUUUUUAAAGAAAUCGGCUGUCUUUCUGAUAGAAAACCCCUUUUAAAGAAGCAC